GCCGCGGGGCGUGCGGGCGGCGGAGCAGUAAAGAUGGCUGCGCGCGGGACUCCGCCCUCCGCUCCCGGCUGAGGCGCUCGGCAGCGGCGGCAGUCCGGGGCAGCGGCGGCAAUGGCCGAGCUGGAGCACUUGGGCGGGAAGCGGGCCGAGUCGGCGCGGGCGCGGCGGGCCGAGCAGCUGCGGCGCUGGCGGGGCUCGCCGACUGAGCAGGAGCCCGCCGACCGGCCGGGCGCGGGGCCGCAGGCUCGGCGCGGGGGCCCGCGGGUCCGCUUCGAGGACGGCGCCGUGUUCCUGGCCGCCUGCUCCAGCGGGGACACCGACGAAGUGAGGCGGCUCCUGGCCCGGGGCGCCGACGUGGACACGGCCAACGUGGACGGCCUGACCGCCCUGCACCAGGCCUGCAUUGACGAGAACCUGGACAUGGUGAAGUUCCUGGUGGAGAACGGAGCCAGCGUCAACCAGCAGGACAACGAAGGCUGGACGCCCCUGCACGCGGCAGCUUCCUGUGGCUACCUCAACAUAGCAGAGUAUUUCCUUAACCACGGAGCCAGCGUGGGCAUCGUCAACAGUGAAGGUGAAGUCCCCUCUGACCUUGCAGAAGAGCCUGCCAUGAAGGACCUUCUUCUGGAGCAGGUGAAGAAGCAAGGGCUGGAUCUCGAGCAGGCGCGGAGGCAGGAGGAGCAGCAGAUGCUGCAGGACGCCCGCCAGUGGCUCAACAGUGGCAGGAUCGUGGACGCGAGGCAGGCGCGCUCGGGGGCCACUGCCUUGCAUGUGGCUGCGGCCAAAGGCUACUCCGAGGUCCUCAGGCUUUUGAUUCAGGCUGGCUAUGAGCUCAACGUCCAGGAUCAUGAUGGCUGGACCCCGCUGCAUGCAGCCGCGCACUGGGGCGUGAAGGAGGCCUGCUCCAUCUUGGCAGAGGCCCUCUGCGACAUGGAUGUCAGGAACAAGCUGGGCCAGACACCGUUCGAUGUGGCCGACGAGGGCCUGGUGGAGCACCUGGAGACGCUGCAGAAGAAGCAGAGCGUGCUUCGAAGUGAGAAAGAGACGCGGAAUAAGCUCAUCGAAUCAGACUUGAACAGCAAGCUGCACAGUAGACUCUUUAAGAACAAAGAGAAGAUGCUCUGUGAGGAGGAGACACCCAAGUCCCACCGGAUGGAGGAGGAGAGCAAAGAGUCCAGCAGCUCCAGCUCCGAGGAGGACGAGGGGGAAGACGAAGCCUCAGAGUCAGAGGCCGAGAAGGAGGCGGGGGACCCUGAGGCCGUCAGUCCGCAGACCGCUGGGGGCCGCUGCGUGUCAGAAGAUGACGGGCCGGGCGCCAUCACCCCCAGCCGUCCCAGCCCUGACAGCAGGAGCAGCGUCACGGAGCGGACCCCCGCACCCCCGCAGAGCGCCGUCCCUGCCUCUUCAGCCAGGAGACCCUCCAGCCUCUUGAGCAAGCUGGAAGAGACCAGGGACGAGUCUCCGUGUUCAUGGAGGCUGGGCCUCAGGAAGACCGGCAGCCAGAACGUGCUGAGCGAGGCCGCCGGGGCCAGGGAGGCCCUUCGGGACCGGGGCGCAUCUGUCCACCGCUCGGCCUCCAGUCCGCGCAUUUCCGCCCUGAUGGACAACAGAGAAAAGGAGAGAGAACCCAGAAGCUCCUUGAGUUCACUGGGGCUGCGGAGGCCGGGCAGCACUAGCGACCUUGAGGAGAAGGAGAACAGAGAGUCGGCUGCUAACCUGGUGCGCAGUGGCUCCCAGCCCCGGCAGCCCUGGAGGGACGCCGCCAAGGGGAGCGAGACCCCGCAGACGGGUGCUCCCUCGACCUUCGUGUCGACCUUCCUGAAAAGGACCCCUUACAGGUCCCAGGCUGACUCCACGGCGGAGAGAGCCGACGGCGUCACCUGCAGCAGCCCACUCUGUGUGAUCACAAACCGCGCCCCGCCCAGCACUGCCAAUGGGGUUCCAGCCGCCGCUCUGCUCUGCGCCCCUGGCCCCGAGCCCUCUGUGGACGCCAGGGAGAAGAGGAGGUCGUAUCUGACUCCCGUCCGGGACGAGGAAGCAGAGUCCUUACGGAAGGCGCGCUCCAGACAGGCUCGGCAGACUCGAAGGUCUACCCAAGGCGUAACCCUCACGGACCUUCAGGAAGCGGAAAGGACGUUCAGCCGGUCGAGGGUAGAGCGUCAGGCUCAGGAGCAGCCCAGCCUGAAGCCCGGGGGUCCCGGAGCGCUCGAGGGUGGCCCCCGGAAGCUCGAGCCCCUGGCGGCCCCCGCCCAGGACGCCGGGGAGAGCCAUCAGCCCUGGGUCCGGAGCCCCGAGGGAGAGCCAGUGUAUCAUCCCCUGCGGUGUCCAGCUCAGCCCGACCAGCCCACAGCGCCAGCGUCCCCUUCUGCCCCGAGACCCUCGCUCUACACCAGCUCCUACCUGCUCCGGACGGGUGGGUCCUCCGCGCCCGACUCGCAGAGCUCAGAGCCCCCCACAGGCACUGCCGGGCCGCGGGACAUGGACACAAACGAGGGUGAAGCAGCAGAGCCAGGCGACCAGCCCUCCAGCCGGCUGUCCAUCCGCGAGAGGCGGCGGCCCCGGGAGCGGCGGCGGGGCACGGGCAUCAACUUCUGGACGAAGGACGAAGAUGAAACGGAAGUCCCGGAAGAGGUGAAGAAAGCGUGGCAUGAACGGCUGUCUAGGCUGGAAUCUGGAGGCAGCGACACGUCCACUGAGCGACCCUCAGCCCGAGCCCGCCGUGAGGCCCGCGAGGCCCGCCUGGCCACCCUGAGCAGCCGCGCGGAGGACGACGGCGGCAGGGACUACAGGAAGCUCUACGAGAGUGCCCUGACCGAAAACCAGAAGCUGAAGACAAAACUUCAGGAGGCCCAGCUCGAGCUGGCAGACGUGAAGUCCAAGCUUGAGAAGAUGGCACAGAAGCAAGACAAGAUCCCUGACCGGUCGUCGGCACUGGAGACGGAGAAGCGGGAGAGGCGGGCCCUGGAGCGGAAGAUGUCGGAGAUGGAAGAGGAGAUGAAGAACCUCCACCAGCUAAAACAGAUUCAGACCUUGAAGCACGUGAACGAGCAGCUGCAGGCCGAGAACCGGGCUCUGACCCGCGUUGUGGCCAGACUCUCGGAGGCCGUCGAGGGCUCGGACCCCCAGGGGCUCUAGUCCCGCCUCCCCCCCCCCCUCCACUCCAGGUCCUGACGGAGCUCAAGUCCGACAACCAGAGGCUGAAAGACGAAAACGGAGCCCUCAUCAGAGUCAUCAGCAAACUGUCCAAGUAGGCCCGGCCGGGGCUGACGGGGGGCUCGUGUCCGUGCCCGUCUGCACUCGCCGGCCGAGCCGGGACCUGCCUCUGCUGUCAGCCGCCGCCGCACCCUCAGCGGCCCCCCAGCACCCCCGCCGGCUCAGACAGUUCCCGUCAAGGCACCACGGUGACCCUCAGCGACUGGGCAUCCGGAGGCAGCUUGGGGUUGCCAGGCCCGCCUCAGACCCGGCCUCCCGCCGCCCGCCCGCUCGCCCAUGUGGCGCCUGGCCCGGGCGGUGAGCCCCCCGCACUGGGAGCUCCGACGCCGGGACGCCCGGUCCGAGGUAACGGCGGCUCCGUGAGGGGCCCGCUCGCCCCUGCCUCUCAGGACCUGACUUUGCUCUGAGUCCACGCGGAGAUGCUGGUGGUGGCGGCGUUUCCACCAGCCUCCUGGUGACGUGACUGUUGCAGCGCCCGCCCGAGCUCGGGUGACCGCGUCUCUUAGGCCCGCGCUCAUCCCCCGUUUCUGUGCUGGCCCUGUCCUCCGUGUGCCCCCGCUGUGCGUGCCCGGGGCGCAGACGCUGGCCAGGCCCCGCGAAGCCGGGCCGGGCUCUCAGCCCUCCUGUCCCCCCGUCACAGCAGCUGCUUCACCAGAAAACCUGCCUCGGUUCCCUUGACCUGAUUUCCCGUCCUGAGGGCUUGUGAAGGGCAUGGGGCGGGCUGAUGGAGGCGGACGUGAGUGGGGUCCACGCCCUCGUAACAAGGAGCCUCCAGGACGGCUGACUUGGUGACUGUUGGCGUGUCUGGGGAAAGGCACUCGCUUGCUUAGGAGCAGUAGUGAGUCCAGGCUCUGGCAGGGGCAAGGUCCCGCUCCAUAGCCGUGUCCAGGGACCCCACCUUGGGUCAGGGAGCUUUGGGGGUUGUGCCUUGAUCACUGGAAAGUUGGGAGACGCUGAUAGCCAGAAAGGUUCCUGGUGGGAGCGGAGGUCUUCCUGAGGCCCCCCGUGACAUGCCAGCCCUGCCGUGCAUAGUUGGGGACCCUGAGCUCCGUCCGCACAUGGCCUGCUCUCCUUGCUCCCUACUCGUCCCGUCACAGCCUCCUCCCCCAGACAGAAGCCUGGACGGACCACCCACUUGGUCCAGCACAGAGUUCGGGCGUGAGUCCUUGGUGAUGCCUUGGUGUCAACACUUACACGUGUGCUUUCUGUCGGAGUUUUGUUCCUCGGCUGGUGUGAGCAUGCAGGUCAGCUUUGGGGCUGCUUUUGACAUCCAGUGUGAAGUUGUCAGCAGACGCUACCUGUCUGUCAGAAACCAGAGUGCCCCAGCUCCUCCGUGGCCCUCAGAAGCGCCCCAUACUCCUUAACCCAGAGCUAUGAUCAAAGUUCCAGUUCCAGAUAGGAGGUCUGUCUUCUGGGGCAAAAUUGCUUUCUCAGGGCGUGCAGACCCUCCCCAUGCGCACGAUGGGGGAUCUGACGGUGGGAAUGGGCGGGCCGGGGGUGACGCCACAUCAGAGGAAGCUCCAGUGUUCAAUGCAGCACCCCUUUGUUCUGGGGGACCCCGCAGGGGCCCUUGACUCUGACCGCUGACCCCGGCACGGGGCUGGCUCUCAGGAGGAGGAGGCUGAGUGGGAGGGGUCACCCUGCCCUUCUCGCGUUGGGCAGAGCGGGCAGAGGGGCUCCGGCUGGGCCUUCUGGGCCACGGGCGCCUCCUGCAGCCCUUGUGUGUCAGACAGGCCCCAGCGCGGGAGGGCGGGCCCUGUGGUUGGUCUCAGGCCUCACCAGCUCACUCUAGGAGACCCUGAAUCCGGUCUCCUUCCAGGCCAUGCGGGUCUAAGGUGGUGGUCAGGGCCUCCUCACUGCCCCUGGGGCUCCGCCUCAUCACCGCAGCGCCUGAGCAGGAGGUCAGCGGCUGGGAGGCUCCUCGUCAUCGCUGGUUUGCGGUUUUCGGGGAGGCCGCCUGUCCAGGCCUGAUGACAAGGCCUCCGGCUGCAGCCUGGCCACUUCACCAUCCCGUCCCUGAGGCCGCUGCUCCUGGACGCGAGGACCGGGGCCUCCGGCUCCCCCUCCUCCCGCAGGGCCUUGGCUUCCCCCGGCCCCCACCCCCUGCCUCAGGGAGGGGUCGGGCUGUCAGAGCAGCCCCCCGCCCCACCUGAGUGUGGGCUGCCGGGAUGAACCCAGCAGCCCGUUUCCGCCUCUGGUUCCCAGCCAGGCUGCUGGCGCGGGGGCCCGACGGGGUGGGUGCUGCUGCAGGUGCGAGGCAGUGGGGACAGCACGGAGGGGCUUCCCGGGGCUCCAGCCCGCAUGCCUCCGACGGGAAGCAGGGAGGGCCCAGCUCCACCCGGCGGGGGAGCCCUGGCGCCCCCGCCUCUGGCGGUGGGCGUGGGCGGUCCUCCCGGUCAGGGCCCAGUGGGCAGCACCGAGUGCUGUCCCCAUGCUGAGCUUCAGGGCAGGUGUCAGUACCUGGGAGGUGAGUCCUCGGGCACCGUGAGAAGGCAGGGGCGCGGCAGAACGAAGCGGCUGGAAGGACAGGGUCGGGCGUCGGGGCCUUGGGGCUGGGCCUGCCCCGGGCAGCCGUGCCGCUGUGCUGGGCUGGGGUCGGGUCUUCCAGACCUGAGAGUCCGUGAUAUUUUUGAUUCCUAAGGAGACCAGAUAAUUUCUCACACUCAGAUUUUGCUCGUUCUAACGUCAUAAAUUCUUGUUUUCUUCUCCAUUCAAACUGUUUUAAGUGUGUGUUUAAGCGGGAGAGUGAAUUCAGCGUGGAGGGCAGUGGCUGUACCCGCUGGUGGCCGGGCGAGCCUCUGGAUGAAUGGCCCUCCCAGAGCGGGUGUGGCUCCUGGUGGCCCUGGGCCGCGUUUCUCCCCAGCGGCUGCCCCGUCUUAGCUCUGCCUUAGGCAGGCAGAGGACCUUCCUGGGUGGGAACCAGCCUCUCCUGGGGGCUGUCCCGGGCCCAGGUCCCUGCCCGGAGCAGGGCUGCAGGAUGGAGCGUGCAGCCCCCUUUGAGGACUGCGUCUGUCACCUGUGCUGACUCCUGGGGGCCUGGGAGCUGUCACUGUCACGGCUCCUGGGGAGCGAGCGGGAUCUGGAGUGAGGAAAGGCCAGGCAGAGGCGGCGCCGCCUCCUGGGAGGCCGGGCUGGACGGCAGGUUGGGGAGAAGACUGCAGACAGAAGCCGCCGAGAGUCUGGUCCCCCUGAGGGGUGCUGUGCUCGGGGGUCGCUCUUGGUUCCAGCCUGCGUGUAGCGUGUUUGCUGCUUGGAGACGGCACAGCCUCAGCCCGGCUUCCUCCGGCUCUGUUAACUCAUGUCUUUGCCCCCCGCCGCCCCUCUCCUCUCGGGCCGCUCGGGUUCCUCUGCUCGCUGACAGGGACUCCAGAGUGGUCUUUGCCUUGGGUGGCCGCUUAAGGUGGCCUCGGGAGGCGCCUGUGUGCUUCCGGAACAGACAUGCCUUCCACCCUCCCCCGCCCUCAUCAUCUUCAUGCUCAGUCUUUACUUUUCUCGGAGCCCGUGGUGCUCAGAGGAGGGGUGGUUUUCCUCGAGUCGCCCCAACUUGGGUUACAAAGCUCCCUGCUGUGCACGUUCCCUGGGCCGGAGGCCUGGCCUGGCAGGGGCCUGGGGGCGGCCCUGCUUCCAGCUGGAGGCGCCUCUGUGGUCUUGGGUGCCGGCAGGGCUCCGGGCUCCACCCCCUCCACCCCACCAGCCGUCCUGGGAGGGAGGACCGGCCUCGAGCCAGGCCCCCUGGAGGCGGGGCCCUCUGAGCUCCCGGAAAGCCGGCUGUCUGGUCAGGAGGGAAGACUGUGUCCCCCACAACCCGCCACGAGGGGCUCUGCCUCAGGCUGUGGCUCUGGUCCCCAUCGUCCCCCCCGUCCCCUCUGCGGCCUUGGCCGACUGGGUGGAGCGCACGUGUGAGAACCUCCCCGGGGUCCCCACGCCCCCGCCCGUCACCUCACCCCCCAACUCCUCCGAGACAGCAUCUCCAUGUACACACACCGGGGGGACGGGCUCAGGAAGGAGCCCGGACGCACUUCGUGAGCUGAAUGUAUUUUUAUGCAACUUUUGAGUGGCCUUUCAACCCUGAGGUGAAUGGUUUUGUUUUACUGGUUGUUGUUAUAUAGUAUUAUUAAGUAUUCUGUGUUUGAAAGUUUGGGAAUAAUAUUCACAUCUGUAUGAUGCCUGUAAACACAACAGUAUUUAUAAAUGAGUAAAUUAAAUUGUGUUUUAACUUUG